AUGAUCCUUGGGAACCUCAGUGGACUCAGUGAAUUCAGACUCCUGGGUUUUUCUGGAAUCUCUCAUUGGCAUCCUUUGCUCUUUGUAGUUUUAUUAUCUCUUUAUAUUCUCACCUUGAUGGCUAACACAGUGAUAGCUUUCACAAUAAACACUGAUACCAGCCUUCACACCCCGAUGUAUUUCUUCCUCACUCAGCUGUCCUGUUUGGAUAUCUGCUAUUUAUCAGUCAUUAUCCCAACCAUUCUGGAGAACCUGAUGGUGGGAACCGUAAGUAUUUCCAAGACAAGAUGUGCAACGCAAAUGUUUUCCUUCCUUUUCUUCGGGGUUGCUGAAUGCUUUCUCUUGGCUGCCAUGUCCCUGGAUCGUUAUUUUGCAGUUUGCCACCCCUUGCAUUACACAAUUAUCAUGAGCAGCAGGGUCUGCAGGAGCCUGGUUGCUGGGAGUUACAUUUGUGGGACUGCCGUGGGCUUAAUUCACACCCUCAUAACCUUCAGCUCACCCUUGUGUGGCUCUGCCAUCGACCACUUCUUCUGUGAGAUUCAGCCCCUGCUGGACCUGCUCUGUGGCAACACCUUCCCAAGAGAGCUCCAGGUCAUCCUGGUGGCUGUCUUUGCUAUUCUCAGCCCUUUCUUACUGAUCAUUUAUUCUUAUAUUCAUAUAAUUUCCACAAUUCUUCACAUGGUAUCAGCUGAGAGCCAGCAGAAGGCGUUUUCCACUUGCUCCUCACACCUCCUGGUUGUGACUCUGUUUUACGGCACUGCAGGCUCUGUGUAUCUGAGGCCAAAAUCCACCUACUGUGCAGCUGUGGAUAAAUUCCUCUCGCUUUCUUAUUCUGUGCUGACUCCCUUAUUGAAUCCCAUCAUUUACAGCUUGAGGAAUAAGGAGGUGAAAGGAGCCCUGAAGAAAAAAUGGCGAAAAAUUAAUUUAGUGUGGAAAUGA